UAUAAUUAUCAUUAUUAGUAAGGACUCAAGGAGAAAAAUGAGGGUAUUUUUAGCGGAAGAUAAUAUUUGUGCUCAAAAUUUACUCAAGUUAGUGUCUCACGGAAAUGCUAUAUUAGCUGAAAUAUUAAGACUGAAAGACCAUAUACCAAAAGUUUUUCUAUUUGAUACUAAGGAAAUUCAGCAACAAUAUCAGGAUGUUCUCAUGGACUUUAGCUACUUUAAGAUCUCUGAAGCACAAGAAAAAAAAAUCAAUGUUAAUAUUAAACUACAAGAUUUGGAUGAUGAUCUUAAAGAAAAAUAUUUAGAAUUAAUCACUCGUUUUUAUUUACUCUUUGAAAAUAUCUACCAGUAUAUUGUUGAUCUAAAUACUUUCGUGGAACAAUUACACGAUGGAGCAUUCAUUCAACAAACAAUUGAGACAGUAAUGAGAGAUAUAGAAGGAAAACAACUUUUGUGUGAGUCAUUAUAUCUAUAUGGAGCUAUGCUCCUUUUAUGUGACCUUUAUAUACCUGGAUGUGUGCGGGAGAGGUUAUUAGUUGCAUUUUAUCGCUAUAGUACAAAUCAAUCACAAUCUAAUAUUGAUGAUGUUUGUAAAUUAUUGAGAGAAACUGGCUAUAAUCAAAAUCAGUCCAGAAGACCACCGGACUACCCAGUUGAAUAUUUUAGCCGUGUUCCAAUUAAUCAGGAUUUUAUUGAAAAAGUAGUUGGAAAGUUAAGAUCUGAAGAUAUUUAUAACCAGCUCGCUGUGUAUACUAUUCCGGAGCAUCAAGCUUCUGCUCUUGCUUCACAAGCUAGUAUGCUUGUAGUAUGCUUAUUUUUCACACCACACUACUUACAUAACGAUACUACAAAGAUGAGAGAAAUUGUUGAUAAAUUUUUCCCCUGCAACUGGAUCACGCCAAUUUAUAUGGGUGUCACCAUGAACAUAAUUGAUUACUGGGAAAAUUUUAAAGCUGCUAAAAAUUCACUAAACAAUACCUGUAAUGCAAAAAUCGUAAAAGAAAUAUAUUCGAAAAGAGGCGAUGCAGUUCACUUGCUUAUUAAUAAAACUCAUCUCUUAUCAAAAGAAGGUACAUUAACUGAUGACUUUGUUUUAGACAAUAUUGGUAAAAUAAUUAAUGUUAUUUUAAAUUGUAACCAUGUCUUGCGCUGGUUGCUGUUACACAAUAGCGAUGUUAUAUUUUUUGAUAAUAAUAAAAAGAGCAAAUUGCUAAAAGAUUUGGUUAUUAAGGAAUCAAAUUACGAUCCGCUGAAACUACUGGAAUUACUUAUAAGUACAGCUGAGCUGGAAUUAAAGAUUAGAGAGUCUCUGCAAAAUGUACUGGCAUCGAGAAGUGAAAAUUGGAAUAAAAAUAAAAGUCUUGCUUUAGAAGCGAUUACUAAUUUAUCCCAGUUAUUUUCUGGAGCUAAUCCUUACACAAAAGUUACUGAAAACGAACAAUUGAAACUUUGGUUCGAAAAAAUAGCAAAACAGGUUUCAUCUUUAAAUGAACCCAUCACAUCGAAAACUGUGAAAAGCGUAACUCAGCUCAUACAAGUUCUAGAUAAUGUUGAAGAAUUUCACGGUAUAAAGAGCACUUCAACUGUGGUUCAGUUUCUUUGUGAAAGCAAAGAAGCGUUAAAAAAUGUCUUAAGAGCAGCCUCCCUUAAAGAAGAUGCUCUAGUUACACUGGAAACUGUAGCAGAUUUCAGUUAUGCUUGGUGUACAAUUGACUUAUACACGACAUAUAUGCAAGACAGCAUCAAAGAGAAUCCAGCAGUAACCAGUCGACUUCGAGCUCUGUUCCUUAAAUUGGCAAGUGCUAUGGAAAUACCAUUAUUGCGAAUAAAUCAAGCACAAAGCGAUGACUUAAUAUCCGUGUCACAAUAUUACAGCAGCGAGCUAAUAAGAUACAUUCAAAAAGUGUUACAAAUUAUUCCAGAAAUGGUUUUUAACAUUGUUGAGAAAAUAAUUGAACUGCAAACUUGGACAAUCAAGGAAGUACCCACAAGAAUAGAAAAGGAAAAAUUAAGGGAAUAUGCACAAUUAGAUCACAGAAUGGAGGUCGCUAAGUUAACACAUUCAGCAUCAACAUUUACGACGGGAAUUCUUGAUAUGAGAUCCACGUUAGUUGGCGUUAUAAGAGUAGAUCCAGCACAGUUAUUAGAAGAAGGAUUGUUGAAAGAACUUGAUGGGCAUAUAAGCAAAAAAAUCUUUGAAUUUAUCGAGCCACAAGUAAAAAAAACUAACAGCUUAGUUCCUCGACUUCAAAAACUUGCGGAAAGCAUGGACGGUUACAAGAGAUCCCUGGAGUAUAUUCAAGAUUACAUUAAUAUUCAUGGUCUGAGAAUUUGGCAAAAACAGGUGUCCGCUAUUAUAAAUCAAAGCGUGGGAAAGGAAAUAAGUAUUCGAAAAGGAGUGACACUAUAUGGACCGUCAGCUGGCUUCAUGGGAAGCCUCGCCCGUCAAAUAGCUCAACUGGCAGAUGCAAGAACUUGCGUUUAUAUAAAUAUAUGCGCCGCCUGGUUCGACGUCAAGAACCAUAACGAGGUGAUAAACACGAAAACCUUCGCUAAACUAAAUAAUGCCAUUGGUGUAGUUGGAUUGCAUGGAUUAGAUAUUUUAUACGGCUAUAUGAUUAAGAACCAGUUACAUAAUGUUCAAAGUAUAUUCAGGAGUUCUAACGACAAGCUUUCUAUGACCAACUUCGAUGUUAAGGACCUGGAUCAAACGAUCACAAAAGGACAUAAAGUAUAUCAGCAAUUGUCUGAUAUAAUAAUUCUUAUAGGAACACUACAACUCCUCAGGAAACACAUCGCAUUUCAGUUAAACACCAGUUGUAAAUUUGACUCAGCACAUUUGGAAGCCUCCUUGCGGACCAUGAACGAAUCACUACUAAAUGAGAUAAAAAAUAAUAGCAAAAUCGACUCGCAAACGAUGCCAGUAGCGCUUAUGCGAAAUAUAGAAGAGUAUUUGAUUCGAUGUGGCAUAAACGAGCCUUUUGAGAAAAUAUACGUUAAAAAUGCUCAUGAGCUCGUGAACGCGGACAUGGGGCGCAUAAUGGCGAUUGUUUUGAUUGCACAAUUGCCUAAAUUACAAUUAUGCUUAAAUACCGGAGAUUUAAUUACGAAAAGACCUGGAGAAAAUAUAGACGGUUAUCCACUUUUGGUAGGAAUUUAUACAUUACUGCGCCAGUCCAAGACAGAAAAUGUUGAAAUUUUCAUUGAUUUCUUAUGUAAAUCAGCUAAGACUAUGACUAUUGCAAAGUUGAAAUCUGGGGAACCUAUGACAGAAGGGCUUCUUAUUAUAAGGAUUUUACAAUUAUUUUGCGAAACAUUUAAUUAUUCCUUUGGUAAAUUAGAAGAUAAGUUACCAAUGGUUUUGUUGACACACGGACCGCCAAAAUGAAGAUUGAAUGUAAAAUGAUCUUGAAACAAUUGUUGAUUAUUCAAAUUAAAGAUGUAUAUUUGUUUUAUUACAUUAAAUAUUUAUGUUAAUAGA